AUGGCCCUUAUUUUGAGAUUUGUGGAUAAAGAUGGUUUUAUUCGUGAAAGGUUUUUUGGUCUUGUCCAUGUCAAAGACACUACAUAUUCAACUUUAAGAGAUGGGAUAUUUAAAGUUCUCUCUCAUCAUGAGUUAGUUAUUCAAAAUAUUCGAGGUCAAGGAUAUGAUAGUGCAAGCAACAUGAGAGGUGAAUGGAAUGGACUACAAGCUUUAAUUUGUAAAGAAUGUCCCUAUGCUUAUUAUAUUCACUAUUUUGUGCAUCGCCUACAACUUGCAUUAGUUACAACAUCUUCUGAAGUAAGUAUUGUUCAUCAGUUUUUCAAUAAUUUGACUUCAAUCAUUAAUACCAAUACAUCUUCUAGCAAACGGAAUGAUGAGUUGAAAGAUACUCAAGCUAUUGAUGUUGCAAGAAAAUUAGCAAAUAAUGAAAUAGAAUCUAGAAGAGGGUUAAAUCAAAUUGGAACUUUGAAGCAAGCUAGAGAUACUCAUUGGGGCUAUUCAAUUUCUAACUUGAUAAAAAUGUUUGAUGCAACUUAUAAAGUUUUAGAGAACCUUUCUACAGAAGGAAACUAUCAUCAGCGUGGAGAUGCAGAUUUUGCUCUAAACUCAUUAAUGUCCUUUGACUUUAUAUUACAUCUCAUGAAGGACAUCAUGGAAAUCACUGAAGUGCUUUCUCAAGCCUUGCAACAAAAAUCUCAAGAUAUUCUAAGUGCCAUGGAUCUUGUUUCAAGUACUAAAAAAUUGAUUGCAAAAAUGAGAGAAGUCAGAUGGGAAGAUCUUCUUAAGAAAGUAAAAUUAUUUUGUGAGGAGCACAAAAUAGAUAUUCCUGAUUUGAAUGCUCGAUAUGUUGGAAGGCGUGGUUGA